AUGGAGGGCGGCGGUAGGGUACGUCAGACUGCUGCUGCCGUUGCUGUUGGCAACAAGCGAGGACGUACCGUUAAAAAAUUAGCCGUAAAGCCAACAAAAGAAAAUGACGAAUUAUCAUCAAAAUCAUCCACCACUCAAACGACACCAGCCACAGCCACCGACUCGCUGACUUGUAUCGUUGAUGCGUCUUCGUCCUCCCCAACCAGAAAGAUUCCCAUUAUUCGUAUUGCGAGAAUAAGCAGAGAAAAACUUGCCGAGUAA